CGUGGUGGGAACGUGCUGACACUGUGUCCACAAAGUCCGCGAUCGGUUCGAUCUCAUGACUUAAAAAGUUAAUCAUACUCUUCAUUGGCAAUAUGGCUGUGAUUUGUCGGCGGCAACACGGCUAUAAAAGCCAUGGAUGUCGGCAUUUGGUCCGUUAGUACAAGUACUUCACAUAGUGGUCUGUGAUGCUCGACCACGGUUCGCUAGCUCGGAGGGGACAACCACAAGAAACACGGACUGCCAUGGCCUUGGCGACGGCAAGCAGCGGGCAAAUGAAACGGUCUUCACGGCUCUGUUACCGGUACCGGCGCGCCGUCUACGUGGCCACGUUCAUCAUCGUGGUGCAGCUGGUGGCGGCGUGGACUUUCUUCUUCGUCUUGGAGAAGGACGAGGAGGGUCGGAGGAGACGAGAAGAGAUGGUUUGGUCGGCGGAUCGGGAGCUGGGGCGCGUAGGUGGAGAGACGAAAGGGGCUGGAAGCAGAGAUGUCAACCCUAAACUCAGUGGAGUACAUGGUGUUCUGCAAAAACAGCCAAAAGAAAAAAUCCAGUUUGCAUCUGUCAAAAACAACUCCCUUUAUACAAAGAUGAAAGGAAACAAGAUUCCAAGUGACAGGGACUCGGAGAAUACCAUGUUGCAUCCGCAGGUCACCGUGGCUAAUGCUCUGUCACUAGGCAUCUUCAAAGAAGUCAUGCAUCAGUUUAAAGACUCACCUAUUAAUCUCCCUGGCAACCAAAAUAAACAAAUUGCAAAGGAGGAGGUGUUUCCACUGGACAGGAGGAGAACUGGGGAGAAAGUUCAGUCAUUGAAGGAGGCUGGGACCAAAAUGGAAGCAGAGAAACCGAUUCCUGAGCAGGUCAACUCCAAUCAACUCACAAACAGUGCCAAUGCCAACUCAUUAAACAAGGCUGCCAUAUUGAUGGUCCCGCCCGCUUACGACAACGACCCACCGGAUGAAGCUCCACCCGCUGAGGAGGCCUCGCCCAUUAAGGAGGCUCCACCUGGCAAAGAGGGAAAACUGAAGAAACAGUACCAGAGCAGAGUGGCCAACAUGACCGUUGGUGGUAACAAGACGAUCUAUUUGGAGUACCUCUCCAAGUGCCAUGUUGAAGGGAAGGAUGCUGUUUCGGCCCUGGCAAGGGCCACAUCACUGCAGUGCAAGCAGGAAAUUGCUGACACCUUCUGUGACAUGAAGAAGGGCUCCCUCUACCCUCAGAAAAUGACCAGGAUGUGCCCACUGAAAGGAAAGCCAAGUAAUGAAGUUCAAGAUAACCCAAAGCUUAAGAUUGAGGAUGGCAGGCCAGUUCGCAUUGUGUAUGUGCUCGUUGUUCAUGGAAGGGCACUUCGUCAAGUCCGACGGCUCAUAAGGUUGCUAUUCCACACAAAUCAUUACUUCUACAUCCAUGUCGACUCGAGGUCCAACUACCUGCACCGAGAGCUGGCUAAGAUAGCGCAGAGGUUCCGCAACAUCCGGCUGACCUCCUGGCAACUGCCCACCAUCUGGGGCGGGGCCAGCCUCCUCCAGGUCUACCUUCGCUGCAUCGAGGACCUCUUGAACAUGGAGGACUGGGAGUGGGACUUCUUCAUCAAUCUCAGCGAGUCUGACAUGCCCAUAAGAACCAACGACCACCUGGUCCGCUUUCUCACCCGGUACCGCAAGUACAACUUCUUAAAGGCACAUGGGAAUGACGACGAGAGCCAUUCUGAUUUGGACAGGAAAGACAAAAACGGGAAGAAAAAACCUGGAUUUAUUAAGAAGCAAGGGUUGGAUAAGGUGUUUUACGAGUGCGACACUCACAUGUGGAGGCUGGGCGACCGCAAGCUGCCCGCUGGCAUCAUCUUGGAUGGUGGGUCGGACUGGAUCACCAUCAAUCGUCAGUUUGCCGAGUACCUGAUCAUGUCCAACAGUGAGUUGUUGGCGGGUCUCAAGCAACUGUACAAGUACACCUUGCUUCCAGCUGAGUCCUUCUUUCACACUGUCCUGGAGAAUAGUGAACUGUGUAAGACAUUUGUGGACAACAACCUGCGAGUGACCAACUGGAAGCGUAAGCUAGGAUGUCAGUGCCAGUACAAACACAUUGUAGAUUGGUGUGGGUGUUCCCCUAACGACUUCAAACCGGAAGACAUGUACAAAACAAAGCCAAAUCGUCCCGCCUACUUUGCCCGCAAGUUUGAGCCGGUCAUCAACCAGGCGGUCAUCAACCAGCUGGACUCAUUUCUCUACGGUGCAUACCCCCUGGGCACCCCGGGUGACCGCACUUACUGGCAGAGCCUUUACCACCACGAGGAUGGAGGGACGGAGGCCGCCGGUGACGUUGUGCUAACAGUCUACCAGUCCUUCGUCCGCCAGAUGGCAGCUCACAUUAACUUGGUCUCACAGGGUCAACCUUUUAGCCACCACUGUGCCUACAGCAUCAAGUCUUCCCCGACGGAGGUCACUAUGUUCUUCCAGAACGAUGAUUUCAGGGGAGUGAUCGUCUCUGUGGAAGGCCAGACGCCAAAAGGCACCACAGAUGUCUUGGAGGUCUGGUUGUCGCUGGCCAGGGAGUACCGAAUACUUAGUUAUGUGGGGCCAAGUACCAGGCUGCAGAAAUUUCAGGUGGGUACGCAGUACGACCUCAAGGAGCGUGUACUUCGUAACUUUGCAAAUAUCAUGGGCCCAGAGGAUAGCCCCGUUGUCUUCAUCAAAUGGAAACCUGGGGAGCAAGUCCAGGUGACGAUUUCCUGGAUCGAUCCCACCAAUCACAUUGCGGGCUCGUUUGACACCACUGUGGACCACGACAAGGAAGAGACCCACCACAGUCCGCCCUUCAAAAAACCGCUGCGGCCCGGCAAGUGGUACGUCAAGCUGCUGUACCAGUGGAUGGUGGUGGCCGAGGUGGAAUUCCUGAUCGUCCCACAGGCCCUGGCCGAGGGCCGGCCCAUCCAGCGCUACGACUCCACUCUGCUCAACUCGGGUGUGCCCAAUGACAGCUAUGUCGAGAAGGACUUCUCCAGCAUGAAGCCCAUCUUCCAGCUGGCUGACUCAGCCACGCUGGUCGAGGAGGCCAACAAGCGGGCCCGGAAUGACGGGGAAGCCCUCCAUGACUGGGUGGAUGAGAUCCUGGGCCAGCAUUGGUCAGUCAUGGGCUUCUGCGUGGCCCCAACCAAUGGUAGCAAACUGGCCGAGUGUCGGCAAUUCAAACCUUGCUACAGUCAGUCUUGGAGCACACUAUCGCCAGAUCCAAAAUCAGAUCUCAGUUACAUCAAAGCAGAUGGUCGAAUUAGGUGAUAAAAGAAAAAAACCAAAACACAUCGGAAUGAACUGUUAUUGUUUAUUGACUUGUCACAAAUACCAGUGAAACUGGUUCCCGAGUAAGUUUCUUGGAAUGAGCAAUAACAAGAGGAAACCGGAAUAAAAAUGUUUGGUGUGUAGGAAUUGUUUGGUUGGGGUGAUAUGUGAAUAGUAGAUAAACUUCCUUAAAAAAUCAUUCUAAAGGAACAAAAUAUGAUUUAGUUCUCAGAAAAUAGGCAGUGAAAAAUACAAGCCUUCAUCGCAUGUUUUGAAAUUAUUUGACAACGUUUAGCACAACGAUUUCUUGUGCCACUUGAAAUGGUAUUGGGAAAAGCCCGCCAGUUUCACAACAAUAUCAGUACAUUCCAUGUGUUAUAUACAAAUGAAAUUUAAAAAAAAAACAAAAGCCAAAACGAAACUAAAAGAGAGUAUUUAUUUUUAUACAGUAAUUUAACCCUGUGGUUUACUGGUGCUGUACAUAUUACAGCUGUUGAUGAAUAGAAUUAUAAGUAGUUUCUAGUUUUAUAUGUUUUGUACAUGUAUGUCUUAAAUAUCGCUUUUGUUUAAAACUGCCCUUUUUUACUAGCUUUCUUGCAAAGAUACCAUGUCUUGAAACAUUGCUUGAAGUGUUGGAUACAAUUCUUUUCCAUGUCAAACCCAGUGCAGGCCUGUUUAUUUUACCUCCUCAAAGUUUCAUCAGGACAUCUUGAACAUUUCUUUUUUUUUUACCGUAGUUGGUGUCCACCUCAGUUCUUAUCAUUUGGGUUCUGCACUGCAGGCUGAUUGGUAAGGAGCAGUGUGGUUUUUAUGACUCGAAAUUCAAGUUAAGAAUUUCACUGUUCAAGAAGUUUAUUGGUGCUCAGAAAUGCUAGGAUGCAUUUGUGGAUUUGCUGCCUCUGAUUUGACAGGCCAGCUUUAUGAAAAGAAGUAUUUAUUGAAAACGAUGGCAGUCAACCUUCAAAUUGAUGGCUAGUUUUGAAACGUGGAAGGUACAUUUAUGGUUAUACCUUAAAUGCACUUUUGAUGUAAAAUGACUGCUGAUUAUUAAUUUUUAUCAUUUUCUCUUUCUUAAGAGACUCCAGCAUUAUGACUAAGCAUCCGUUUAAGUAAUAAAAGGUUUGUACUUAUUUUUACGGCAUUUUGUGUGUUUUGCUGAUGCUGAUAUUGCUUUACCAAAAGCAAGUUGAUUUAUUUCAAGAGGCUUUUGGAAAAGGGGAGAUUGGUAUUUGUCAAUUGGUGCUGUAAGAAGUUGCCAUGAGAGUUUGUUUUUUUAGCUUGUAUCAAAGUUGAAUAAUUGUAAUAUUUCUGAUUUGAUUAAGGUGUUGCAAGAGCGCACGUCAAUUGGGUCAUUCAAGGUACUUAUUUGUUUCAGUGAAAUCAGUUGAAGAGAUUUAAGCCACGUUAGCAGCAUUGUGGAUGCUGUGGGCCUCCUCAUCAAUGACAAAUGAAAUGCUGUGUAAAGGAUGCAGCAAUUUCUUUAAAACAAAUUGUCCAUCUCAUGAAUUAAAACCACAGCUUUCUGUGAAUCAUGCAUUUCAAAUUGAUAUUGUAAGAAGCAUUAUGUGAAGCUGCAGUUUGCACAAAGUGAAAUGUCAUCUUCUUGGAGAUAAAUGUCCUCGCUUUUUUUCAGGGUGCAGGACAAGAUAGAUUAGAUAGAUUAAGAAAGACAGUACCCUGGCGUUUAAUCAGGCUUUAGAGAAAUGAUUGAUCAUCACUCCUACCCGCCCCCCUUAUCCGUGGCAGGGUUAACCACCACGAGAUUUGAUGAAGGAAAUGCAGAUGCUGCAAAGCAUUGUGGGUUGCUUACUGCCAAGCUAGCUGUAUGUGCAUUCCUCGCGUGGGUCGGAGAAUUGAUCCUGGGUAACUAGCGGAACAAAAUCCAGCCAGUGCGAGCUUGGAGAAAUUAGGUACCACUAGUGUCCUUUGGUGAGGAAGUGGGUAAGUGUUGGUCGUGCUUUAUCUUACAAAUGCUACGUCAGAAAUUGUGACAGCCGUCGAUAUAAGUCAAUCGAGAACGGAUGUAGCCACUUCCCAUAGGGGGGUGUGUGUGUGUUACUAGUGCCGAGCGCAGACUCAAUCCGUUAGACAGUUUGCUUUCCACUCAUGCGCAUGCGCUCGUCGUUUAUUUGUGAAAGGUUCUGUGCUGCUGUACUUUGGUGACAGGGUGCAUGGAGAUUAAUCAUACCAUACGACUGCACAUUUUGGUACAUGUGUAUCAAGUAUUAUAAUGUAAGUUUAUCAAGGAAACAAAUCUAUUCAACAACUUGUAAAUACAAUUUUUCUGCUUUAAUGUAAUUAAAGUAAUGAUCCCAGAAAUGUGGAAAGAA